CAGAUUAAAAUCUCAGUUUACAGAUUGCACGUCAGGCAGGAAGAAACAGGCUGAAAUACCCGACCGGGGGACUACAAGAUCCUGGAGUCUGAACAGAAACAGGAAUAUUUCAGGUGCUCUGGGGGUUCAGAUCUGUACGAUUCUGCAGAAACUGAAGAAAAACAAACAUGAACGUCUUCUAGUCUGCUUCUCAGUUUCUGGUGGCUUCCUUCUGAGUGAGUGCGAGUUCAGGACCUCCCUGCAGCACAUGCAGCUGCCGCUCAGCCCUCCCAGUCCUCCCAGCCUUCUCCUCAGUGGGAGUGCUGGGCCGGCUGGAGGGUUUGUGUGUGUGUGUGUGUGGGGGGGGGAGUCUCCUUGUUGUGGAGGGGAGGGUAAAGUGGGCGUCUCUGCAGCUCACAGCUCUAUUACUUAGAGAACAAUCAGAGUCACAGUGAUGGCAGCAGACGGAGGAAGAGGAGGAACAGAUUGAGAGCUCAGUGAAGGAUCGUCAGGUAGAGAAUCCUUCAGAAUCAGCCGAUGAACGAACGACGUCUUCCUGCUGCAUGAUCGACCUCUGACGGGACCGUUCAAAAGACCUUUGCCUUCAUGGUCGUCUUUUUUUUUUGAACAGAGAAGAUGAAGAUUCAGUGACACACAGAGGACAUGAGCACUGACUCUGACUGCUGAAGGCUGGGAGACAGACGAGCCGAGGAGGCACGAGACGGAAACAGAGACCCGAGAGAUUCUUAUUAGUGGUGCAGCCGGACUGUGCCAUGAUCCUCCCUGUGGUGGUUUUGCUGCUGGUCCUGGUUCUCUCUGGACCUGAGUUGUCUCGCCAGGACGAGGCUCAGGAAAUCGGGACCAGCGGUGACAUCCUGGAGAGAGACUUUUUGUACACAACAAACAGACAGAAACGCGCCGUGGUCGACCACAGCGCGACCCAAACAGACAAAUGUUCCUACACCUUCAUCGUCCCUCAGCAGAAAAAUACAGGGGCCAUCUGUGUGAACUCAAAGGAGCCCGAUGCCCUGCUGGAGAACCGGGUCAACAAGCAGGAGCUGGAGCUUCUGAACAGCGAGCUGAAGAAGCAGCGGCUGCAGAUCGAGGUGCUGCAGCGGCUGGUGGAGGUGGACGGGGGUCUGGUGAACGAGGUGAAGCUGCUCCGGAAAGAGAGCCGCAACAUGAACUCCAGAGUGACGCAGCUCUACAUGCAGCUGCUGCACGAGAUCAUCCGCAAACGGGACAACGCCCUCGAGGCGUCGCAACUCGAGACGCGGGUCCUCAACCAGACCAACUCGAUGGGCCAACUCGCCUCGCGAUACCAAGAUCUGGAGCUGAAGUACCAGCACCUGUCGGCGCUCGCCAGCAACCAGAGCGCCCUGCUGCAGCAGCUGGAGGAGACCUGCAGGAGGGGGGGAGGACACUCCUACGGGGGAGGACACCAAACAUACGGAGGGGUGCAGGAGAGGAGUCGUCCAGUCCAGCCUCAGCCUCAGGCUCCUGUCCUCCCUCCUCCCCCCCCUCAGAGACCCGUUCUCUCUCCCGGAGGGUACAGGCCCUUCCACCCCCCCACAUACCCCCGACACACCAACAACCCCAUGACCAACGAGAUCCAGAACGACCAGAACGCCAAAGCCUUACCGCCUCCACUACCCACAAUGCCCAGCACCGUCUACAGCUUCACUAACGAGCCCUCAGGUCCGUUCAGAGACUGUCUGGAGGCUCUGGAGAGCAGAUACUCCACCAGCGGCAUGUUCCUCCUCAAACCAGACAACAGCAACAAACUCAUGCAGGUGUGGUGCGACCAGAGGCACGACCCGGGAGGCUGGACCGUCAUCCAGAGACGCCAGGACGGAGCCGUCAACUUCUUCAGGAACUGGGAGACGUACAAGCAAGGCUUUGGAAACAUCGACGGGGAGUACUGGUUGGGACUGGAGAACAUCCACUGGCUGACCAAUCAGGGAACCUACAAGCUGCUGGUGACCCUGGAGGACUGGACGGGACGGAGGACCUUCGCAGAGUACGCCAGCUUCAGACUGGAGCCGGAGUCCGACUUCUACAAGCUGCGAGUGGGCCGGUACCAUGGCAACGCCGGAGACUCUCUGACAUGGCACAACGGCAAGCAGUUCACCACACUGGACCGAGACCACGACGUCUACACAGGUAACUGUGCUCACUACCAGAAGGGCGGUUGGUGGUACAACGCCUGCGCUCACUCCAACCUGAACGGCGUGUGGUACCGCGGCGGACAUUAUAAGAGCCGGUACCAGGAUGGGGUCUACUGGGCCGAGUUCAGAGGAGGCUCGUACUCUCUGAAGAGAGUGACCAUGAUGAUCCGACCUAACGGGAACACCUUCCAGUGACACUAAGGACUGGUUUGAAUGGACAAACAAAAAAGGGACGGACCAAAGGGAUCCAUCAGGCGGCAUUCAUUUCAUCUUCAGCCUCGGCGUUUUCUUCUGUUGGACAUUUAACCGUUGAGUCAUAACGAGGCUGGAACCACGCCUGAUGAUCCCCGCACAGUAUCUGUAUUUUAUUCUCCUUACAGGUCAAAGUUCAACUUUUCAUCACACACCUCGAUCAAGUCAACUGUUGUUACUGGUGUUACUGUGCACAUCAGGGACUUCAAUAAAUACUAAAAGAUUUCUUUGAGUUUACAUUCAGGGAUUAUUAUUGACUGAUGGGGAUGAACUGGUAUAAUAAACCGGUACUGAGAUCACACUGGUGUUUGUAUAGCAUAAUGGUGCGUUCCAUUUACCUCGGAUCUCUGAACUGGGAAUGAUGUCACUCUUGAGUUAACUGCAUUCCAGUUGCGAGUUAGCAACAAAUUGGACAAGCAACAUGGACGCCUCCAGGAGCACCUUUGUCUUGUUAGCUAAUACCAGACGAUAACAACACACAAAGUGAUAGUUUACAUGCGAUAAUAACAGGACAACAUGUCCGCAGAUAGAACUUACACGAUCCUGGAAUAUCGGUAGGGGUGGACAAAAAAAAUCGAUUUGUGUAAAAAUGGAGAUUCUUAUCUUCUGAGAUUUGAAAUAGAUUCAUAAAUUCCAAAAAUCUGUUUUUUUUGGCUGAUCAGUCACUCCCUGCUGAGUGCUAAGGCUGGCUCUUUAACUCAGUAGAAUGUCAAAUGGAGCAACAAGAAAUUCAGCCAGUCUCACAGAUGACUGGAAUAGAUCCAUGAAUCCAGAAUCGUUUGGAAUCGAAAAAUAGAUUCUCAAUUGAAUCUUGAGACAGCCAAAGACUCCCAAUCCCUAACUAUCUGUGUGAUUGAUUUAACUACACAAAACGAGGACAACGCUGCUAAUAAAGACAACAGUUACAGCUUAACAGUUCUGUUGAUGCACGAAGCGGCCAUGUUGGAUUUUAACACAGGCUACUAAAGGUUCUCUGAGUCUAAAUCCUGACUUCAGGGGGCGACUUCCUGAAGACAUAUCAGACCUGCAACUCUGGAUUUCCGACUUUCCGAGAUCCAAUGGAACGCACCAUAAACACAACAACACAGACCGAGAUGAAAUCCAUGGAGGAGGAAUCGAGCUAUUUAUUUCAGUAAACUAUUAAAGGAGAUGUCAGUUAGCGAUUUGUUUGCUUCUUAACUAACUUAGCAGACAAACAUUCAUACGUUUAUUUAACUCAAUCAUCCUCGGAUAACAAGAACAUUUCACUUGCUUUGCUCGAGAUCUCGACUUAUUCACAUCGUUAUCUCGGGCUAACAACGCCAUGUCUUGGAUCUCCCUGUGCUUACAUGGUUAGCCUAAGUCAGGGAGAGGAGCAGCGAAAACCCCAAACUGGGAACAUCAAUGACAACAUCAUGACCUUAAGUCAGACACAAUAAAGGAGGAUCCGGGUGGAGGAGGGGAGCAUAUGAAGCCUGCAGAGGGAGCUGCAAAGAGUAGGCAGCUAGAGCAGCUUAAAUAAGGCGGCAUGAGUGUGAUCAUCAGCCAAGAGGCUUUGAAGCUUAUCAGCUGAUGAGGGCUUGCAUGAAAUCAGCUGUUAUGAAAACACCGGCAUGACAGCAGAGCGGGACCCCUUGGCCUGUGUGAACAUUUAUUAAAAUGUAUGGUUGUAUGUACGGCUUCAGUUUAACUAUGUGAAAGAACGAGUUCAACAUGUCAACUCAUUUUUGCUCCCACUGAUGGUGCAAGAACAUCCUCUGUCAGAAGACCUCCAUCUUUACAUCCUGAUUAGCCAAUACGUGGUCACCUUUAAGAAAAAACGACAUCAAUGUUUUGAUGCUGAUUUCAGUAAUUUAACUUUUGCACCAGCCUCACCCACUCUCGUACAGGACAGCUAUCCCUAAACGAUUACAGAAAAUAAUAAAUGUACCAUUAUGAAGGUUUUAUUUGUAACCGACCAGCUCAGCUGAGUUUAUCCGUCCGCUCUCCAAAGGUUUCAGUCAGUGUGUUAACGAGCAGACACAGAAUGAACGGCGCUCUGUGUUAUUUUUAUGGUUUCAAAUAUUGCAAUAAACGAUGUACAGCCAUG